CUUCCCCUCGCCCUGCCCGUCCUCCUCCUCGGGGUCCGCGGACGACGCGGACAUGCCGUGGGCGGAGUGGAUCGGCGACGUGCGCGGCAUGGAGCAGGACGUGCAGUACGUGCGCCACGCGCUGCUGGCCUCGGGCUUCCUCUCGGACGCGCUGCCGCCGCUCUUCUCGCCGUACCUGCCCAUCAACCCCGCCUUCUUCCACCACCUCGAAGCCGCCUUCCUCAUGCGCUGCUGCGCCCACACCACGCACGACCCGUCCCUUGUGGCCUCCAGCCUGCCGGCCUUCCCCCUCGCCGUGCCCGCCUCGUACCACGAGGAGCGCCGCCAGCGCAUGCUGCUCUUCGACGCCGAGGUGUACACUGUGUUGGACGAGUCCGCCCGCCGCGACCUGUGGCGGGGCACGGAGAGAUGGCGCGAGGAGGACGUUGCGGAGGAGGAGUCGGGCGUGGUGUUUGACGUGGAAGGGCGCUGCUGGAGCAGCUGCUGGGGGAGGUGUGCCUGGAGUAUCUGCUAGUGGAGCAAAGGCGGGCCGCUGUGAGGAGUUCAGUGCAUGGGGUGGUGAAGGCUCAGAUUAUGGCUUCAGGUUUUGUAUCUGCUGCUCAUGUGAAGGCAGCGGGAAGGAAUGGAGUAGUGGCACUCCUUGGCCCUGCUUGCCCAACAGCUGUGAGUAAAAACAUGCUUAGGCUUCCAAGGAUGUCGUGACUUGCAGACGGGUUAUAUGUGUUGUUCAUAGUUUUCCAAUAACCUGGUAGCAAUUUCGUAAUCUAGUUGUUGCUGCUAUUAUUGUGGUAAGAUAGCAUU